GACCACUUGGCAUGGCAUCUGCUAUAGCACUCGAAGACAUCUGGGACGCGCCCAUCUUACCCUCAAAUCCCCCACAUAUAUCAGAAAACCAGAAUGAAAACAGCUCCAAGAAUCCUCUCUUUCUUUCGUCCGACUCAGAUAAUGACAUGCCGCAGAAGGCGGCUAAGCCAUCCAAACCUGAUAUAGACGCCAUGUUCGAGGACUUGGAUGAAGAUGAUGAUUUGGCUUUUAAGCCAUUGGCACCAGCUUUGGACCUCGAGGCCUUACGACGUGAAGCCACAGCUAAACAUUCGAAGAAUAACGCCGCCUCUGCUUCACAGGCAACACUGACAGGCACUCCAGCGUACGAGUCUCAAGGUAAACAUGACGAGACGCAAAACAAGAAGGAUAACGAGGAUGAUAAGAAGGAGAGAAAGAAACUGCCCAAGCUAGAUGAUGCCAGGCUACUAGGUCCGAGUGGUUUUCCUCAGUUGAUCAGAGAUACGAAGAAUUUCGUCCCAAGAGGCAAGGGGCACGAAGCAGCAGAUCUCAAAAGCAUCCUGCAAAUUUACCAGUUCUGGACGCAUAAAAUGUUUCCAAAAACACAAUUUCGUGAUACGGUUGAUAGAGUUGAGAAACUAUGCCACUCCAAACGAAUGCAUGUAGCUUUGAGUGUUUGGCGCGAUGAAGCCAAAGGACUGGUAAAUGGUCAAAAACCAGGAGACGACGAUAGCGCGGUCGAUCUUACAUCCGAUGUAGAGUUGGCCCCUAGUACAAAAGACAUUCAGAGGUCUGCAUCGGUAACCCGAAUGGAUGAUCAUCAGCGGUCAUCUUCAAGGCCUCCUUCUCUGCCGCCGUCAUCUUCCGAGCCGGAAGAUGAUGACUUUGAUAUAGAUGCCGUGAUUAGAGAGGAAGAGGAACGUGCAGCUGCUAUGAAGGCGGAUUCCGCCAUGUCUGCUUCGGUAGUAUCAACUACCAGUAUUGCGACACCUUCCACGAAUCCACAAUACAGUAAUAGGAACAGUGGCGUUCGUGUACCCGAUCUAGACGAUGAAGAUAUGUGGGAGGCGCUAGACGCUUUCGAGGAUCCCCUUCUCGAUACCCCUUCGGAUCAAUUGGGCGUAAAGCCAGCUUCUCUCCCUGCGGCAGAUGCUCAAGGUGAAGACGAGGAUAUGUGGGACAUUGCUCGAGAAAUAGAGCACGACGGGAUGCAGUCUUCUAAUGCUACUUCGUCUGCUGUCCCUCUUUCGCGAGAACCAUCUAGUGCGAACACUUCUAUAGGGACUAAUGACGAGGGAUGGGAUGAUAUGUAUUUAUAG